CAGCUUGCACCUGGGGCUACAAUUAGCUGGUUUGUCCAUUGUGUAGCACACCUUAAUCAAUUUGUUGAUAAUUAUAGCCUGUGGUGCUCCUAUGGAUUUUCAAAUGUCUCAAUCUGCAUCUUUGGAACAACAUGCACUUACUUUCGCAUAUAGCGAGGUUGAGGCCGCCAGGAUUAUUGAAUCAAGUAAAGGUAAUAGUACAUUUUUAACUUCUAUAUCUAAUCAAGAUGUGAUUAAGGAUUAUGAGAAAGAGAGGCGCAAGUUAAUUGGACUUGAAUUACAUGCGAUUACUCUGACUGAAUAUUAUCGGGCAAAACGUAUUCCAAGAGGUCUGCGUGUCAGUCUGCGCCCCACUAUAUUUAAUGACAAUUUAGAGUUUGCAAAGAAAUAUGAACAAAUAGUAAAUAAAUGUUCGUUUGAUAUAAUUCUAUUGAAUAUUGAGUACUUACAGAGAGAAGUUAUGGAGACAAAACAACGCCUUCAAACGAUUGAGUGUGAGUUGAAACAGCAAACUAAUACAGAGGUUUAUCAGGAACAGCUGAGACAUAUGGAGGAGAGCCUGUCUAAACAUCGUCAGUCCAUAGAGGAACGGAAGCGUUUGAAAUUCCAUAGAGAUGAGGCUGAUUACAACACUGGACGCAUCUACAGGUGGCAGCGCGAGUCAGGCACUACCUGGACACCUAGGGGUCCUAGGCGAGAGGGCCCACAGCAGGACUUGCGCUCCAUGCGUUCCACACGUCCCACGUGGUCUCCAGCAGGGGCAGGUCCAUCUCGAUCCCCACAAGGACAAGGAGGGGUGGUAGGAGACACCGGAGGGCGGAAGGACCGCAGACAGCAGCCACAACGCAGAGCACGGACUUUCAAAAAACGUUGGUAAUCAAUAUUUCAUCUCAUACCUUU